GACGUCCUUAAAAAAAUGAUGGAAGAUCGGGCAGUAUCGGCUACGAGACCCAUAGCGGAGUUACUGCUUGCUACGAGGCGAACGUUACAAGAUCACCUAACGGCGCUCUCCCAUCAAUCGCAAAACAAAACCUCUGUGCUGUUUCUGCAACUGUACCGAGUCCACGCAUCGCGAGCGAAAGCUCCUCUGGCGGCGCUCUAUGACGACAUACGAAUAUUGCUUCGAUCAGACUCUGAACAUGACAUCACUAGUGUUGAAAUAAUUUCUUCACCACCAAAGGACUUGGCGGCAAGCACGAGGAAGUUCUUCCGCGACGUGUUCCCCGUGGCGUACCAGAAUGUGUUGAAGCUAGACGCGAAACAAUUUACACCUGAGUACGAAGCGUGUUUGCAAGACGCGUAUGACGCUGUGAAGCCGUUUGGUGAAGUACCACAACAGCUGGGAUCGUCGCUCUCACGAUCUCUGGAGGCAGCUAGAGUUCUCCUGCAGGUGUUAGCUGUGGGAGCAAAUGCGUUAACAGCCAGUGAGCAAGUGCUGAUGAGUUCCAACGAGGAAUGCCAGAAUAAAUUGUUACGGGCAGGUGGCUGCCCUCACUGUCGAGGUCUCGAAGUCAGAUUAUGCCAGAAUUAUUGUCUUAACAUCGCAAGAGGAUGCAUUGGAUCUCUGGUGGCAGAGCUCGAGGCGCCUUGGGCGGGUUACGUAGAGGGCGUGGAACGAAUGGCGCGGGCGGACGCGGAUGCAGCGCUGAGAGCGCUCGAUGCCAGAGUCUCGGAGGCCAUCAUGCAUGCACUUGAAAACCAUGCCAUGUUGGAAAAAAAGGUGCGACAAGAAUGCGGGUCUCCAACAACGAUAGAUAUUUCUGGUCUCACAGCACCGACUCCAACACCUGGAGCAGCCAGGCGUGAUGCUUUACGAGCUCCCCCUCCUGACACUGAGCUCCUACAAUUUGCUGCUACCCUGGCUGCUAGUAAGAAAAUCUUCUCAAGCUUAGCUGAUAAGCUAUGCGAUGAACCUGACUUUGCAAAUGAAGGGAAUUCAGAAUGUUGGAAUGGCGAAUCGGUUGGAGAGUACACAAAAUCACUAGUGGCUUCAGCAUCGAUCAGCGAUCAAAAAUACAAUCCCGAGAUUACUGCAGGCUCGAAGCAGGACUUAAGGGUAGCCGCCCUAGGAGACAAACUGCGACAGGCUAGACAAUUGCUGGUCUCCCACUCAUGGGGAAGUGCUCCAGCGGCAGAAGCGUUCAUGCAAGGUGACGAGGCCGGCGAUGAAGGGUCAGGCUCGGGCCGAAGCUAUACAGACGACGAUGCAGCUUAUGACGCUGAGGGCUCUGGUGAGGAAGGCUCUGGAGAAGAGGAUGUUGGAAGCAGAACAUAUGUACACGAAGACAAUUCGUACUCGUCGACGGAAAAGACAUCUACCGCGGCCACUAAGUCGCGACCUCUGCUCCCAGUCACGUUUGCUGUAGCCGUGUUCGCGCGUCUCGUCAGCUGCCUCACUUAAUCACGCCACUGAGGCCCUUUGACCCCUGUGACCCUAUUUCUGGACUAAUCGAGUGCACCACAACUGAGCCGUGUGCAAGUCCCCAUAUCAUUUCUGUGCAGUGAUGUGUGUUUCGGAUGUUCUUCGACUUCAGUAGCUGUGCGACUUAAAAGACAUAUGACAAAUUCCCAGUUAGUUAGUGAUGAAAUUUUUAAUGAACCUGUAGUUUAAGCCCUACAGUAGCUAGUCCCAAAACUAGUGUUAGCUCGACACAAGCUUUCUUGUUUACAUCGUAAUGUAGGGUUUGUAAUCGAAUCUCUUAUUUAAUGCAAAGAACAACGCUUGGAUAUCUAUAUCAUACUAAAGUCUGCAAUUGUACAGUGCAUAUCAUGUGUUUUCUAUAUAUUUUUUGUACAUAUAUUUCUAAAUUUAUGUAGUCAUAGUUGAAUAUAUACUUCGUAACAGAAGCUAUUACUUCUGCAUUUAAUUACGUUGUGAAAAUAUUGUCGAAAUAAUACGAUAUUAUUAUUUAAAGAAUCUUUAAUAAUUGUUAAAUUAUAGCAGAUUGGCAAUAAUAUUAUGAAAAAAGUAUAAAGUUUAGUCGAAAGUGAUAAAGAUUUAAUAAAGGUCGACUGUACAGAUAUGUAAAUACCUAAAAUCCUACUGGUCUAGGUGCAUAGCUAGGAAACAUGUUUUGUUGCCAUAUUAAUGUUACGAAUAUUUUAAUUUAUGAUUAUUAAUUAAGUCAUAAUUUAAUCAAAUAAUGUUAUGUGAUACAGAAUUAGUAUUUUAAGUUAAUGUGACGUUCUUUAUGUCCCAUAUAUAUUGUAAUAUUAUUCUUUGGAAGAGUUAUUGUGUACUAUAAUCUAUUUCAUUAAAUUAAUGGCAAUAAAUAUUUGUAGUGCAUUAUUUUAUAUAUUUCUAAAGGGCCUAUAUCAAAAUGUGUUGGCAAAAUAUGCUGAUAUAAUAUUCCUUAACAUCAGAAAAUAAAAAGAUUUCCUUUUAAAAAUUAAAUGUAAUGAAUUCUCCUGCUAUAUAAAUUAUGUCAAGUGAAAGGAAGUUGUAUUGUAAUAUUAAAAAAAAAAUCUUUAAAUUUGUUAGCACGUUUUGAAUUUAUUUCUGUGUCCCUUUAUUAGUACAUCUAUAUUUACUAAUUUUUCUUUUUUGUUUUAUAAGUAACUUAACAGUCAAUUACAUCUCCUUUUAUAAUAUAGCCCGACUGGAAACUCAAAUUAAUAAUAAUAAUGAGUAUUAAAACUAUUAAAAUACUUCAUGCAUUCUGCAAAGUAUGCACUAUCCUUCAAUGACAAAAAGAACACAACAUUUUAGGUACUGUUAUAUACUUGUGUUUGUAGAUGUCUGCAAAUAAAUCGAUUUGUUUAAAAAUGUAAAAUAUAUAGAUAUAAUAAACGAAUAAUAUUUAACUAUUUGUGCUUUAUAAUGUAGAAAGCCAUCAUUUAAUGAUGAGCUUAAAUUGUAUUGUAAAUUUAUUGGAUUACUAUAGUGAUUAUCAUUAUUGUUAACUCUCCAAAACGUUAUUUAGUAAUUCUAUAUGUUAAAAGAAGUUUCUCAUGAAUGCGCUUCAAAGGAAGAUAUCAACCAAUUAAAGUUCUUGAAUGCACAAUCUCGAAAAUAUUAUGUAUCUUUUUAGUUCAUCGGAUAUCUGUUAUAAUUUUAUAUGUAUUGUUUCAACGUUACACGAACUCUAUUAUUUGUAAUAAAAAUACUCAACUUAAUGCAAGUUGUUCAAGAAAAUAAAUCAAUUUGGAAAUAUUGCCCAAAAACAAAGACAAAAAAAAUUAUGCAUAUUAUUAGAUGAUAUUAUUAGACAUUGAAUAAAAUUAAUUUUACGGAUUAUCCGUAAAAUUAAUAGCGUUUGAUUUGACUUAUUUUUACUUAUUUUAAUCGUUGGGAAUGAAUAAGUGAAAAUGAGUCGAAUCAAUACGCGAUACACUCCGUUAAAUUAGAUUCAUUCAAUGCACGCGAAUAUGUUGCGAAAUAAGUGCUGUAUUGAUUUGCGUCCACCCUAAUGGCUGAUGGACACCGCAAAUGCCCGAUUUCUUUAGGUUUUGCUCAUCGUUACGAUAGCGCCUGUAAAAUGGUUUUAAUAACAAACUAUUCGCAUAACAACUUACGUUGAAUAUAAUUAUAACUUUAAGCCGUCAUAUGUAACUGAAACAGUAUUUUGUUUUCUUUUUUUUUUUUUGGCCACUUUGAAUAUAAAAAAAACAUUUUUAAAUUAAGAAAACCAGGCAUCCGUCGAUCGCAAAUUGUUUUAAUAAUGAUUAAUUACUUUGAUACAUUACUCUUAGACAAAGCCAACUUCUUUCUCGCCGGUAAGUUAACAAGAAAUGUAUCUUGAACGAUUUGUAAAUAUUAUUGGACAGAUAGUGUGUUUAUAUUAUGGAAAUAAACUCUGUACCAU